AUGACUGCAUCAAAGCUUCCAGAAAUAAUAAUAGCAGCCUGCCUCACUAAACCUUUGAUAGCUAAGAUUUUUAGAAUUAUGGUUUUUCCAUGUUGUCGUAAUGAAAUUCAAGCGCCUAAAAAGUUUCAUUAUAUACGAUUGAUUACUGCCUUAUCUCUUAUUAUGUUAUGGAGCUUAUACGUUGCCUUUUUGUUAAACCAAAUUAUAACCGAUAAACCAGUGAUUCAAGUAUCUUAUGUAUAUGAAGAAAGAGUAGAAGCGCCAGAUAUUGAAUUAUGCGCGCCCACGAAGCUAAAAACAUAUUGCAAUCUAUACCCUGAUGAUGAUAUUGAAGACUUUGUCGUCGAUUGCAAAGAACAUAAUAAGUUUACAUUAGAAGAAAAAGAAAAUGAAAACCUUUCCUGUUAUCUUAUAUCAGGCAAUCAUAAUAUUUGGUUUGGAAAUUUAACCAAUACGGUUUCUAAAAUUGUAAUAGCUUACGACUUUUUAAAUGUGAUCCCUAAUGAAAAUAAAACGAAUAUAGAUAUUCCAGUAGUCGAAUUACGAUUUAUUGACCCAAAUUACAAUCCACUCUGGUCAAAGGCCGAAAUACGUACUAAAUAUGUGGGUAUUAUUAUGGAUAACGACAUAUCGGUUGAGAAUGAUAUAAGAAUUGGUGGAAAUACUCUUAUCGCACUUGCAAAUAAUACAGCACGAUUUACAUUUAGAAAACAGACAUACGAAUCGAUUCCAGAAGGUGAUAGUAAAAGUUAUAUUGGCUUAAUGGCAAACUACGAUGAACACGUAUCGUAUAAGUUUGAUAAAGAUAAUAUACCAUUUUCUUAUUAUGAAACAACAAUCACGGGUAUAAUUACCAUCGAAGUUCAGACUUUCGUGAAUGAGAUCCAAACCGAAACUAGAACGCGUACGAUCUUUAAUUCUUUUGGACUGGCAGUGGGCACAAUUGGAUUUAUUACCGGAAUUUAUUAUUACCUCUUUGGUGAUAAGAAAAUCAGACCAUGGGGCUUGAUACAUCGAAAAUUUAUUUCACAAUUAAAAUACAAAGAUGUAGAGUCUAAUUUGCCUUUAAAAACGAAUCUUUCAACGGAUGAACAAAUCGCUAUUCUUGCAACGCGCACUAGAGAUUUAGAAAGAUUGGUUGAAAAUGUUGUAAACACGCGGACAUUAAACGAGUUAAAAAUCACCCCAUCAACGGAAGAUAGUUUGUCAACUUAA